GUCACGGAGCAGUGAACAAGAGAGGAAGAGGUGGAGAGGAGUAAUCAGUAAUUAUCUGGCAAAAUUCCAGUCCAGCUGUAUUGCUGCCUUCCCUCUACGACCCAGACCCAAACCCAAACCCAAACCCAAAGCUGUCUCUCACCACCGCAAACACGGUUCCUUCCUUACUUCCUUCCACAUAUUCAAUCUCUCCCUCACUCACAAUCAUAAUGCAGCAGCUCCAGACGAGAACUGUCCAAGUAAAGCAACUAUCAGAUCUAGCCAGCGAGAGAGAGAUUCACGAGUUCUUCUCCUUUUCUGGAGAGAUCGAACGCAUUCAGAUCCAACGUGAUCCUGCGCAAUCAAAGACUGCAUUUGUUACUUUCAAGGAUGCCAAAGCUCUUGAAAUCGCACUCUUGUUAUCGGGAGCAACAAUGGUUGAUCAGAUUGUGACUAUUUCUCCUGUUGAAAAUUAUGUACCAAUCAAUGAGAUGCCGGAAGUGAGAUUGGUGGAAAGUGCUGUUUGUGCUGCCCCUGCUGAAAGUGUUUCACCAAAUGCUGAGGAUAAAGAUGGCUCUCCUAACAAUGGAAGGGUGUACGUAAAUAGAGCUCAAGAUGUAGUGUCUAGUAUGUUUGCAAAAGGUUCAGCAAUUGGACAAGAUGCCGUGAACAAGGCUAAAGCAUUUGAUGAAAAGCAUCGGUUGAGAGCAAGUGCAUCUGAGAAAGUAACUUCCUUUGACAAGAGAGUGGGGCUCACAGAGAAAUUGACAGUAGGCCUUUCAGUGGUUAACGAGAAAGUGAAAUCUGUUGAUCAAAGACUUCAGGUCUCAGAUAAAACAAUGGCAGCAAUAUUUGCAGCAGAGAGAAAAUUAAAUGAUACUGGAUCAGCUGUCAAAACAAGCAGGUAUGUGACUGCGGGAGCAGCUUGGUUCAAUGGUGCUUUUAGCAAGGUGGCAAAGGCAGGGCAGGCUGCAGGUACGAAAACCAGAGAAAAGUUCCAUAUGGCUGUGUCAAACUUGACUGCAAAGGAUCCAAUAGCUGCAUAAGUGAAGGGUUCCAGGUGUCAGAAAGUAACCUUGAUAGACAUUCUUUCUUGAACACAUACAACAACCAUGUUGCUCUAGUUAUUGAUCUGGGGAGACAUGGCCUGGAAAAUGGAUUGCAGGUUUGCUGUAGAUUGGGAUGAUUUUGCAAUCUUAUUUUGUGAUUCAUGGUUUGAUGUGUGCACUCAAGUUUUGCAUUCAGUUUAAUUUUUUAAUUUGUUUCGCUCUCCUUUCUUUGUAUCAUUCAAUUCCUAGGGUAUUGUGCCUGUGGCUGCAUUGGUAGUUUUGUGUAGUAACACCAGUUGAGUGGAACAACAUUUAUAUUUUAAGAAAAGCCGAUUUGAUUGAGUGAAAAGAAAUCAAAAUUGUGCGAAA